ACUUGGGUUUUUUUAGGCUAUUAUUCGAUGGUAGAUGUUUACCAGGAAAGCUAGCUUAUCUUCUUUAGUUUUUUGCCUUUCUAUGUAGUACUUAUAGUUAUUUAUCCAUUGUUUAUGUAGACCUUUUUUCUUUUUGACAUAAUUACCGGUGUGUGUCGUUUAAGGACCGUAGACUACAUUAGUGCACUAUAACAGCUAACUAUUAGCUGCUAGUGUUGCGGCAAAGGGCUUUGUUGUUGACGUCUCUAGCUAGCUGUAGAGGAACGUGCAUGAGAUACGCAGUUUUCAUCCAGAAUUUAUUCAAAUACGCCGGCUACACAGCUGAAACUAAAGUCUCGUAAUAGCUUCUUCGUUGGUGUUUGCAGACUGCUGUUUAGAAACUUAGGUUAUGGCAGACCCUGCACGGAUAAAGCCGGCAGAAGACAAGUCUGAGAAGGCAGCAGCAUCCAAAGGGGAGCCGUGUAAAGAGACGAACAUAAAAAAUGAAGCCAUCGCAAAAGAAUCUGCAGACGAAAAGAAAGAGUUGUCCGCACAAGAUCCAUCCACAAGGGAGGUGAAACAUGAAGCUGCACCUGGAGAUGAUGAAGAAGAGGGAACCUCCGGUCAGCCUCCUGCAAAAAGGCUAAAGGUGGAGCCGGAUAAGAAAAAGGAGAAAAGGCAGAAAGUUGACGAAGAUGAAAUACAAAAGAUGCAAGUUUUGGUGUCUUCUUUUUCUGAAGAGCAACUAAAUCGCUAUGAAAUGUACAGACGCUCUGCCUUCCCCAAGGCGGCCAUCAAGAGGCUGAUCCAGUCAAUCACAGGAUCGUCAGUUUCCCAGAAUGUGGUCAUAGCAAUGUCUGGUAUUGCCAAGGUUUUUGCUGGAGAAAUUGUCGAGGAAGCGCUUGAUGUUUGUGAGAAGUGGGGGGACACGCCUCCGCUUCAGCCCAAGCACAUGAGGGAGGCCGUCCGAAGGCUGAAGAGCAGAGAUCAGAUUCCCAACACAAAGUAUAAGCACAUUCUGUUUCACUGAGACCGUUGACCUGUGGGUUAAAUGAGGAUGCAGGUGAUUAAAACAGCCUCAAGAGCCUCUUGUCAAACUCCAGCCACAGAGGCAGGCGGACAUUCUUUUUCCAAGGACUAGUUUUUUUGUGUAAAUAAAGAUUUUACUCUCAAAUUUU